AAAAAUGUCAGUACUCACUUCUCCAAGAGGAAAGGUAGAAGUGGUGCACUGCCGAAGAACAGAAUCGCAGGAUAUUUAUUGUAUCAAAAACCUCAUUAGAAAAUUUACCCAGAAGCUGUUUGGGAGGCUUAAUAUCAUCUAUCUUCUGGAAAAGGCCAACCUUGCCAUUACCCUCUACAAUGACAAGGAGGAGAUCAUGGCCCAGGCCACCUUCCUGGACUAUCCCAACUGGAAUGUCGCCAAGCAAGAUGACUGGGUGUCCGUGUUCCGGGAGCUCGACAGUGAAAUCCCGUGCACACCUCUGAACACAUUGUUCAUGCACCUCUUUGUGGCCGUGGAUGAGUAUUCCGUUGGCUGCUGCAAAGAGAUUAUUCGGACUGUGUUUAAAGCAGUGCCAGAACUGCACUUCAUAUUUCUCAUAGUGCCAUCCUACAUGAGCCUAGGCUCAACUCUCAUAACUGUGUUUGACCAAGUGGGGACUGUCCCGAGUCUGACAUAUGAUGAGGACUUUGCUGUGCAUAUAUGUCACAGGCACAGCCAUUACCCUCAGCUGCACAUUCGCAGAGCCAGGGUGGAAGAUCAUGAUGAUCUCAUGCCAAUAUUUAUGCACCAUGACACGAUUCUGAAGGAAACUUACGGCGAAUACUUCCUGGCUGAACUAAUAGAGGCGCAAGACGAAGAGAAUCAUGCUGUUGUGUGUGAGGUGGAAGGUGUAGCUGUCGGGUUCAUGAGUGUGUGCUCAAGAGUGAACAUGCAGCUCCUACAUGAGUGCUUUGACCUGGGGCCCUUCCAUGGACUCUGCAUCCCACACCCCGAUGACGUUCUGGAGCCACCACAUGAGCUAAGCGUUCAAAGAAGUCAAGAUGCUGAGCUCAGGAGUAGCAGCCAUAGUUCCCAGAAAAUAGUCGAGGAGCCACAGGAACCUGUCUCUCUAGAGACCAUGGAAAGAGUCCAGGGAAAAAUCCCAGAAGAAGCUGCAAUUGAGGAACUUUUAUCAGCUGUCCAAAGUGGAAGUACUAGUGAAGUGGAGGAAAUAGAAAAACUCAGUCAAGAGUCCACUGUGAUUGGUACGGAUUACUAUAUCAGCAAUAUGAGCUUGGCAUCCAUCUCACUGCCUGAAGAGAGAAGCUCCUUCCGCCCCAUCUAUAGGGGAGCCUCAGAUGCUUUUUGUAUUCAGCUGUUUUGUAUUGAUGAGAAACACGAAGCAAGGUCGCUGGACUUGAUGAAUUUUGUUUUCAGUCUUUUUCCUGACAAGAAUUUCUGCAUCAUUUCUCUGCCGCAUCUCACCCCUGAGUUUGUCCUCAUCCAGAACUUCGUGAAGCUGGUCCCCUUCAACAACUGCACCCUGGAGCAGGACCUCUACGUCUUCCACCGAGCUGGGUUGCUCAAGUCCAUUAAUAUAAGAUUCGCCACUUUCUCGGAUACUCCUGGUGUUGAAAAUCUCGUCAGUACCCUCAUGCUGAGUAAGAGCAUACUGGAGGAUUUAAAGCAGUACAAUGAGGCUCACAGAGACCCUGAUGGAACACCACUGCAGGUAUUUGUAGCUGAAGUUGCAGAACGAAUAGCUGGCAUUGCAGUGAUCAGAAAUGAAAUGGAUAUGGAGUACAUACGAUCCCAUUACAACAUUGAAGAUUUCAUCUACUUCAGUCACCACCAGCGCGAAGAACACGGACACCUGUAUCACUUUGCCCUGAACCCCAUUUUCCGGCACUACACCAAGUUUUUUCUGAAGGAGAUCCUCCGUUUAGGCUAUAAGUCCUGUCUCUACUACCCUAUUUACCCGCAGUCCAGGGAAGGCAAGUUCCAGAGCUCCUACGCCCACUCCCUGACAUCCGCCCUUCAUUGCUUGGUUCCCGUGCGGCCACGACGGCAGAUUGUCUAUCCUCUGGAAAAGCUUGGCAUCAACGCUCCAUCAAAGGCAGUCUCCAAGGAGCCGUUGAGUUAUGCCUUGAACCAUACAAACAGAAAACUAACAUUGGAACCUAAAAUAACUGUCAAUGCCAAGAUUGUUGUGGUUGGUGCAUCCAAUGUUGGAAUUUCCUUCUUAGAGACGUUGGUAUUUUGUUCUCACCUGAGGUUUAGUAAUCUCACCCUGAUUUCAACCCAUGGACUCCCGGGAAAGAAACUUCUGGGCGCUGAACAAAGGAGGUUCUUGGCAAGCGACCACUGCUUUAAUGAUAAAGAUCACGCGCUGAUGUCGCUGUGCUCCUGGGUCAGUGUGGUGGUUGGUAGAGUGACUGCCAUAGACCGAGCAGCCAAGCAUGUCGUCGUUUGCAAGGAAGACAUUGUGCUCUACGACCACCUCAUCCUCUGCACCGGGCAGCAGUACCAGGUCCCAUGCCCUACAGGGGCCGAUAUUAGUCAACACCUGACCAACAGAGAGAUUCCAAACAGCAGUAAGCGGCGAUACACUGGUCAAGUUCCCCGCAAUCAUUUCACUCUCAAUGAUGAAGAAGAUUGCUUUAAGGCCCUGACUUGGGUAAGGAACAACUCUAUCACCACAGAAGGGAAUGUCAUUGUCUAUGGGAAUACAAUUGACACUUACACCACAGUGGAGACUCUCUUAAACCUUGGUGUGAAGGGCUCCUGCAUCCACCUGGUGCAGCCCCCGCCCACCUCCAACAUCACCUGCAUCAACAACUACUCGGUGGAAGGCGCAGUGGAGGACGCGCUCAGAGCAGCAGGGGUUACCAUUUAUCAGGACGCACUCCUGGCUCAGUGGAACGAUGGCCGGCACCCAGACCCCAUUCAGAGCGCCUGCUUCACCACACCCACCAAGCCUUUCAAACUUCCAUGUGCCAUGUUUUUCAGCUUCUUUGAGAAGAACGUGGAUUAUGAAACAUUUAAAGCAUUCAAUGAUGCGUGUCUUGUCUAUGAUGGCCGACUUGUGAUUGAUACCAACUUCCACACCAACGACAUAGCCAUCAGAGCUGCCGGCUCCCUCACCAAAUUCUCCAAUAGAUAUUACUCAAAUGAGUGGACUCACAGCUGCUUCAAUUCCAAAGAAAUUGGCUUCCAGCUGGCAGCAGCUAUGCUCAAUCUCUUUGAUCCAACCCUUGAGCCUGUGACUGAGCCGCCAGCUGACCUCGACCGACUCAUCCCCAUGUACAAGGGAGCCAAGAUCCAAGGAGGCAUUCUUCCUGGGUCUUACCAUUAUCUGCAUAUUGCCAAGCCUGCCAUUCCAAUUCCCUUGGAGGUACAAAUGGCCCAGUCUGAUUUUGGUUUAGAAAUAGUAACAGGUAAUGCGAAAAAUGGGACUUACUUCCGAAUACAUAUUAACAAGUAUAAAAUGGUGGAAACCAUCACGUGCCUUUCUAAAGAGCCUUUCCCGGCCUCCAACUACAUCCGCUUGUUUGGCCAGCAUGAGCAAGUCCUCAACAACCUGUGUGCUCGGUAUGAGGAGGAGCUGAUCACAGAUCUCUACAGCUACUUCACGGAGCCAUGGUGCAUGGCCCUCUUUCACGAUCGUUUUAUUGAUCUCAGGAAAGAGUUACGCCAAAUCUUAACCUCCAAGGAGGAGGAAGCCCUUCCUUCCAUGGAACAGUUAGCCCGUCAGAUAGAAGAUGAGGAAAUUAACCUGAAGGAGAAGCCCAGGCAAUACCUGAAAAGAGUUUUCCAGGAAACCAUCUACAAGCCGCUGGUGGAGAAGAGCAUCCUUGACUACCUGCACUACAAUCACUACCACCUGCCCAUGUACGCGUGGCCAGGCAUCAUUUAGUUGUGGCCACGGCCUCCACUUUAUUGGAU